GGGACUGAAAUGUCAGUGAUGGCUUGUUCUGCUGUAUCUGUUCCGUUUUGUUAUUGUGUUUUUUUGAAUGUGUUCUAGUUUGUCUGUUAUGUUCAGCAGGUUAACUAUAUGUGUGCUUAUUUGAGUGUGUGUGUGUGUGUGUGUGUGCGCAUGUCUGUGCUGUCUAGUGACCUUCUUCCUCUUCUGGUCCCCAUUAUGGGAGCCGACUUGAAGCAGUGAUAAUGUCUGAUGAAAUUGUCUACUACAAUGACCAAGUCCGUUGUCACCAAAACAAAGUCGCUGGGGCAAGAGGUGACGCUUUUAAAGAUCUAGUGUCCAGUGCACUCCCUGACCGCCUGCCUACCAGGUUUCUGACCUACCUACCUGCCUCUCUCUCCCUCACAUCCCCAAGUGGGGUCAAGGGGAGGGUCUCAAAGUGUUACCAUGGUGACACUGGCGUGUCUCUGGAUUCUACUGUUUUGCCUGGCUACUGCUUGGGUAGUGCUCUUUGUUUCCAGCAGGACGACAGACAAUCUAUCAGCUACAGGAUGCGCUAUUGGCUGGGAGUUCUACAAUGGAUCAUGCUACCACUUCUCUGAUGACAAACUGACCUGGGAACAGAGUCAAUAUGCCUGUAUCCAUGAUGGAGGACACCUGGUUAUUAUAGAGAGUUGGCAGGAGCAGGACUUCAUUAGAAAGAAAGUGGGAAACAAUUUUGUUGAGAACACUUACUGGAUUGGAAUGACAGACAUUGAGGUGGAGGGAGUUUGGGUCUGGAUGGACAAUACAACCCUUAAUGACAACAUAAUGUUCUGGGACCCACGCAAUGGAACAGAGAAUAGUGACAAACCAGAACCAAAUAACUGGUUGCUAAUGGAACACUGUGCCCGAAUGGGUCGAAGAUGUUUAGAUCAAAUGCAAUGUUGGUUUGACUAUAUAUGUAACAUACCAUGUAAAAGAAUCUGUGAGAGUCGUGCAGCAAAAACGUAAUCCUGAUAAAUCAGAAUGUUUUGCUUAUAACCUGGGCAAGGUAAGGCAUUGUUUGGCACUUUCCCAGUUACAGAUUAGAUCUGGUCUUGGACUAAGAAGCGUAAUCAUUGAGGUUAAUUGGAAGUGUGAUUAAAACUAGGCUUCAUCUGUAUCAACAAACAGUUCCAUAAUGUAUGAUUUGGAUGUGAAUCCAGAGUGUUUAGCCACGCGGGUAGAACUUAUGCUGACCCUUAAAGAAAUGAAGAAGGGGUGAUGAUCCUUGGAAUUUGAUUACUGGGAAAUGGGCUUGACAGUUGGUCAUGGGGUGUAGAAUUAGGGAGGGUGGAUGGGCCAUGACCCCCCCCCCAAUAUUACAAACAGGUCAAUGUGAUCCUCGGGGGGAAAGACUGAAAAUCCUGGGAUCCAUUGACCCUGACCCACCCCAAUAUACAAUACAACCUAUGCCGUUGUUUGGUCAUGCUUUAAAGUCUGCGUUUGUUUGAUCUUCACAACACACUUUAGCUGAUAAAAGAAUUGUUACACCAUUUCAUGUACUAUCGCUUUCUUUUUACUACCCGCACAAGUUAUUAACCUUAUCAACAAAAAAAUCUGUUUGCCAAAACCCAGGAUCUGCACAAGAGUUUGCCAAAACCCAGGAUCUGCACAAGGUUAUUCUUAUAAACAUGGCCUAUGGAGGAACUAGUGGAUUUGAAGUGCGUUAGUUGACUGUAAAGGGCAUGCCCUAUUUAAAUUCUGGUAAUUAUUUGAUAUAUGGAAUGAAUAAAGACA